AGGCGUGUUUGUGUUAUUUGGAAGUACAUCCUAGAUGCCAGGUCUAGAUAUCAAAGUCGCCUUCACUGACAGCGGCAGGAGGACACCAGGACACUCCGUGGCUAGAAAUGGAGUCAGUGAGCUUUGAGGAUGUGGCUGUGAAGUUCACGCAGGAGGAGUGGGCUGUGCUGGACCCAUCCCAGAGGAUGCUGUACAAAGAUGUCAUGCAGGAAACCCUGAGGAACCUGGCCUCUCUAGGAAACAAGUCGGGCAAACAGAAGGUUGUAAAUGAGUAUGAAAAACUGUGGAGAAAACUAAGCAGCCAACUGGUGGAGAAAUUCUGUGACUAUAAUGAAAGUCAUCAGUAUCCAGAAAUCUUCAGCUGCAAUCCAGGGCAGUCUGCGAGCCGGAAAUCUUGUCCAGGACUUGCUACAUUUGAAAAGAAUGUCCGUGUAGAAGGUAGAAUUGGCCACUCAUCUCCGGGUGUGCUCCUGAACCAUCAGGUAGGACCUUGUGAAGACCAGGAACAUGGACAGACGUUGUAUAAACACAGGGAGUUUGGGAGAAGCUCCAGUUCUCCUUCACCCCUUCAGAUGCAUAAAAGCACUCACACUGGAGAGAAGCCUUCUAAAAAUAAGGACUAUAAAGAAGACCUUCCAUGUGUCAGAUCUGGCCAAAUGUAUGAACAAAAUGACUUUUCAAAGAAGUCUUAUGUGCACAAGCCAUGUGGGAAAGGCUUCACGUAUCCCAGUCCUUUACCAAGGCAUGAGAAGAGUCACAGUGUUAAGAAGCCCUACGUGUGUGAACUGUGUGGGAAAGGCUUUGCUCGGUUUGGUAACCUUUUAAGGCAUCAGAGAACUGACACGGGUGAGAAUCCUUUUCUGCCUGAUCAUUAUGCAAAAACUCUUCCUCGUUCUGCUUGCCUUAGAAGAAGAAUGAGUAUUCACAAUGGUGAGAAACCCUAUGUGUGUGACCAGUGUGGGAAAACUUUUCUUGAUUCUACUUACUUUCGAAUACAUAGAAGGAUUCACACUGGUGUGAAACCCUACGUGUGUAAGCAAUGUGGGAAGGCCUUCACUGCUUCUCGGUACCUCAAAUCACAUGAACUGACUCACACUCGGGAAAAGUCUUAUGCUUGUGAGCAGUGUGGGAGCGCCUUCACGUUUUGGUAUCAAUUUCAGAAGCACAAAGUAACUCACAGUGGUGUGAAUCCUUACAUUUGUAAGCAAUGUGGGAAAGGCUUUACUUACUCCAGUUCCCUAAAAACUCAUGAAAGAAUUCACACUGGUCAGAAGCCCUAUGUGUGUAAGCACUGUGGGAAAACCUUUGGUAGUUCCGGUAACCUUAAAAGACACGGAAGUACUCACACUGGUGAGAGACUCUACGUAUGCAAGCAGUGUGGGAAGUCAUUCAAUAAUCACAGUUCCUUUCAGUUCCACAAUCGAAUGCAUACUGGAGAGAACCCCUACAAGUGUAAGCAGUGUGGGAAGGAUUUAGCUUCUUCUUCCUCCCUUCAGAGCCACGAAAGGAAUCACUCUGGAGAGAAGCCUUAUGCGUGUUUGCAGUGUGGGAAAGCUUUCAGUUCUGACAGCUCUCUUCGGAAACAUAAAAUAAUGCAUAGUGAAGAAAAACCCUAUGUAUGUAAGCACUGCGGGAAGUCUUUUCGCCGCUUUUUUGAGGUUCGGGUGCAUGAACGAAUCCACAGUAGCGAGAGACCCUAUGAAUGCGAGACAUGUGGAAGAGGCUUUUUGAGUUCAACUCAUUUGCGAAGACAUGUACCUAUUCAUAGUAGAACAGAUAAGAAUGUUAGUAAAUGACAUGAGAUACUGUCUGCUAGCUCUCACAAAGUCAGACAACAUGAUUAGAUUACGCUAGCAAUGUGGGGAAAUAACAAACAAACUCCAGAGAAGGCAUCCUUUUGAAUUGGUGUAGAUAUUACUACUAAAAAUUCUCUUCUAAUAUACAUGGAAGCAGACACUGGAGAAAAGCUGCAAGCCACAUGAUAAAGUCUUCAGAGCUCUUUUCAUUGUGGAGAAGAUGUGAAAUCGCUCACACUGGAGAGAAAGCUUAUGCCUGCCAUGUGGAAAGCCUUUAGUUCUUAGGGGCCUUUCCAGAGACAUUGUAGUCGUCAUUUGGAGAGAAAACCUUCGUAUAUAAUGUGGCAAUUUGAAUAAGAAUGCUCCAAAUAUGCUUAUAUAUUUGAAUGUUUAAUUACCAGGGAGUGGAACUGUUUUGAAAGGCUUAUAAGAAUUAGAAGGUGUGAUCCUUUUUGGAGUAGAUGUGAACUUUUUUGAGUUGUGAUUGAGGUUUCUGAAGCCCAUGCCAGAUGCAGUCACUUGAUCUCUGUGUGUGUGGAUCAGGAUGUAGUUCUCAGCUACUGCUUAAGCCCCCAGACAUGGUGCUCAUGGUCUCCGUCGCUGAAACUGUAAGCAAGCUCCCAAUUAAAUGCUUUGUCUUAUAAGGGC